AUGACAGGAUAUAAUGGUCUUUUUCAAAACCUCAUGCCAGACCUCUACAGUCCAGGCAGAAACAACGAUGAUCAUCGAAAUCAUUCAACAGACUGGACUUCGUCCGAAAGACGUGAGUCAGACCAUCGCUAUACAUCACUCAACAACAGUGACUUCAACAACAGCAAUUCAGGUCGAUAUUUACACAACAGCAGCAACAGCCACAAUUAUGGAGGAAACUCAUCAACAAGUAACAGUUCAGGUUCAUCAAAUGAUGACUCAAACAGUGGUUCUGGAUCAGGUAGACGGUCAUGGCUGCAAUGUGAUUAUGAAAGUGAAAGAAAGUCUGGAAAUCAAAAUUCACUUCCUUAUACAAGAUAUCGUCCGCCGAGUGAUGAAAAUAAGAAAAGAGAUCGACUAAGUACGCAUUUUAGAAUAUAA